CACUAGCUAGUUUUCUCUCUUAAGAUUAAACAAGCUUGUUGUGGGACAAAGUUCCCUUUUUUCUUGGCAAAUACCCAAAAACUAAGGCAUGGCUAUUGAGAUUGAAAAGCCUUCUAGUGUUGAACUAUCAAGAGUUGCUGUUUCUGACACUCAUGGUGAAGAAUCUCCUUACUUUGCUGGUUGGAAAGCUUAUGAUGAAGAUCCUUAUGAUGAAGUUACCAAUCCAUCUGGUGUUAUACAAAUGGGACUUGCUGAGAAUCAAGUUUCUUUUGACAUGCUUGAAGAAUACUUGGAAAAGAACUCAGAAGAAAGUAACUGGGGUAAAACAAAAAGUGCUGGGUUUAGAGAAAAUGCUUUGUUUCAAGACUACCAUGGACUUCCUUCAUUCAGGAAGGCAAUGGCUAGUUUCAUGGAACAAAUUCGAGGUGGUAGAGCUAAAUUUGAUUACAAUAGAAUUGUCCUCACUGCUGGAGCUACUGCAGCUAAUGAACUCUUAACCUUCAUCCUAGCCGACCCUGGUGAUGCUUUGUUGGUCCCAACUCCUUAUUACCCAGGAUUUGACAGAGACCUAAGAUGGAGGACUGGUGUGAACAUUGUACCAAUACAUUGUGACAGUUCAAACAACUUCCAAGUAACCCCAGAAGCAUUAGAAGCAGCAUACACCAAAGCACAAACCAUGAACAUGAAAGUAAGAGCAAUAUUAAUCACAAACCCAUCAAACCCAUUAGGAGCCACAAUAAACCCAAAAGUCUUAUCCCAAAUCCUAGACUUUGCAUCAUCAAAAAACAUCCAUUUAGUCUCAGAUGAAAUCUACUCAGGCUCAUCCUUCUACCCAGAAGACUUCACAAGCAUAGCAGAAAUCCUAGAAUCUAGAAACUUCCAAGAUGCAGAAAGAGUCCACAUAGUUUACAGCCUCUCCAAAGAUCUUGGACUCCCAGGUUUCAGGAUAGGCACAAUAUACUCAUAUAAUGAUCAAGUAGUAAAAACUGCAAGAAGAAUGUCAAGUUUCACCCUUGUUUCAUCUCAAACACAAAAACUAUUAUCUUCCAUGUUAUCUGAUCAAAAAUUCACAUCUAAUUACAUUAAAACUAACAGAGAAAGAUUAAGAAGGCGAUACGAUAUGAUCAUAAAUGGGUUAAAAAAAGCAGGGAUUGAAUGUUUAAAGGGAAAUGCAGGAUUAUUUUGUUGGAUGAAUUUAAGCCCUUUUCUUGAAAACCCAUGUCGGGAAAGUGAAUUGGAUCUUUGGAAUUCAAUUGUUGAGGAAGUUAAGAUCAAUAUUUCACCUGGAUUAUCUUGUCAUUGUUCGGAAUUUGGUUGGUUUAGGGUUUGUUUUGCUAAUAUGAGUGAACAUACAUUACAAGUUGCAUUGAAUAGGUUACAUAAUUUCAUGCAAAGAAGAUUUUACAAGGAAAUAGAUUAUUCUAAUUAUGAAUAAAUCUAGUUAUCCUUUUUUUAAAUCUUUUAUUUAUUUAUUUUUUUGACAUAUAGGUAUUAUUGUUUUGGUGUAAUUAACACCUUUAUUAAUAAGUUGGGAUUGUCUAGAAUCAAAUGUAA